CACAAUGGCCAUAAAAAGAUGGGAUGUUAUAAUUCCAGAACCUAACGGAAAAUUCCAUAGUGAAAGUGAAAGCGAGAAACAAAGGCGAAGGUAACAUCACCGACAACUGAUAGUCUCUCGAGAGCGGAGCAAGUUGCCAUGGGGAACAUCUUUAGUACAAGUCAAGGGCCUGUGAAGGAAGAGUUUCAAAUCAUUUCACUCGGUAAAGCAGGAACGGGGAAAAGCCAUACAGGAAAUACUAUUUUAGGUCUUCCUAAUGUUUUCAGGACAAAGUGUUCCUCGGUGUCUGUGACAGAAGAAUGCGACUCAAAAACAGCUUCAGUCAAUGGGAGACCCAUCACAUACAUUGACACCCCUGGCUUUUUUGAUACAGUUUCCACUGAGCACAGCCUGAGAUCAGAGAUAUUAAGGUCUAUCAUUAAAAGUUCUCAAGGGCCUCAUGCCUUCUUAAUUAUUCUCAAAGCUGAGACUUACACAGGUCAAGAGAUGGAAACCGUGAGGAAAAUCACAGAAUCAUUCGGGGUAGAUGCAUUAAACUAUGCAGUUGUCCUCUUCACUCACGGUGAUAAUCUUGAUGAAGGUCAGACCAUUGAGGAUUUUGUAAGCAGGAAUCAAGAGUUACAGCAGUUGGUGGAUAAGUGUGGAGGUCGCUGUCAUGUUAUUGAUAACAGAUACUGGAAUCAUCAGAAGAGAGGAUACAGGAGCAACAAAGUUCAGGUAGAAAAUCUACUGAACACUAUAGAAGACAUGAUAAAGAGGAAUGGAGGAGGAUGCUACACUAAUGAAAUGCUACAAACUGUGAAUAGAGAAAUCCAAGAGAUGGAGGAUGAGAUUAAUAGGGAAUCUAAUGGAAGACUGUUGGAAGAGCAAAUCAGAGAUGAGGCUGAGAACAGAGUUCACACAAAAUUCUUAGUGAGACUUGCAGGAGUGGCAACAGGGGUUUUGCUGGGUGCUUUUUUAGGAAUUCCGACGUGUAUUGUUUUUGUUCUUAAGAAUGUAGGUUUUGAUAUGGUUUCAGCUGCUGCACCAUUGGCAAAAGAGCCAUGUGAUGUGCUGACAACUGCUUGUCUUGUAGUUGGAGGUGCUGUGCUUGCAGGUGCAGCAGUAGUUGGAGGUCAUACCGGAUAUAAAGCUGUAGUGUAGAGGGAGAACAGACAGUAGGGGGAGCGGUAAAAAAGGCAGCUCAUGCAUGUAGAAAGAAGGCAGAAAAUUUAGUGAUGCAAGGAACACUGUGUUCAGACUACACUAGUUAAAAUUAACAUGACUUUAGCAGCCUAAUCUCAUGAGAAUUUGUACAUAUUUUACGAGUUGGCUAAUUCGUAUGAAUUCUUAUGAAGUUAAACGUGUAAAAAGCAUAUGAUUCUCAUGAAAAAACAAUAACGAAACCCAGAGACGGUCUUAACAUAGAGGCAUAGGUAGGCGGCUGCUUGGGCCCCCUACCGGCAGUCAUAAUAGAGGGCCCCCAACCAACCUAAUAAAUAAAUAAAACACUUAUCAUCAUGAGCACUUCAAAAGCAUUGUAAAUUGUAUUAAUAUUCUUAAGAAAUACGUCAAAACUUUGAAGUCAACCGCCUAGUUGUGCUUGUAAUAGCCUUAGCCCUACACUGAUAAAAAAUAUUUUGUGGUAAAGUAAAUAACGUUACUGCAGGAAAAACUAAUUUAACAAUUAUGUUAUGUUGGGAAUGUUUUCGUCCACUAUGGGGUUCUGUUCAGUGGCGGUUCUACACAGAGGCCAAGGGUGGCCCGUGCCUCUGUAGACAUGUCCCUGGCCACCCCUGUGGCCACCCCGCGUUGACCAAAUAAAAAAGUAUACAUUUAUUUUGAUUUUACACGCGAGCGCCAAAAGCGGAACUAAUGCAACGCAACGUUCUACACGGGCAAAUUAGAGCGGCGCACCCAACCACUGUAGAUGCCUGCAGGUGCUGCUCGCCGACUGUCUCAAUUCGUUCCCAACCUCCCGAUGUUGAGAAUGUGUAUGCAGGUUUGGGCACUGGUAAGGAGUCUAGCUCACUUCACAUUGGGACACUGUUCACUUGUUCUCCUGUGACGUGGCUGCGUUAAGCGUGUUGUGAUCAUUUACAGCUGUUACUCAUCAACAACCGGCAAAACCAACAACUCUCUAACUUUUAAAGUUUACACAUUGUAAAAAGCGCUGUAAUUAUGCUCUUACAUAUACGUGCAUAAAAUUGGAGGAAUAUAAUUAAAUGUUACAUAUAAAAUUGUUUACAA